AUGGAAGCAAAUCUUGAACAAGCUGUCAAGAAGCUGAUCAGCGACUUUGAAUGCCCCACAGAUGCUUUAAAGCAUGCUAUGGAAGAUUUCGAUGAACUUCGCAGAAAGGGUCUUGAAAAGGACGACGAAAUGCUUGCCAUGGCACCUGCCUACAUCAGCAGUGUUCCCACUGGUGAAGAAACGGGUGACUUUUUGGCCCUUGACUUGGGUGGUACCAACUUGCGUGUCUGUUGGGUUCGUCUUCUCGGUGAAGGCAAGUAUGAGAUGAAGCAAAGCAAGGCUACUUUGCCCAGAGAAAUCGUUCGUAACGAGUCUGCUCAACCUUUGGUUGACUUCAUCUGCGACCACAUCGAACUUUUCAUCAACGAAAACUUCCCCGAAAAGGUCGGUGUCCCCGAAAAGGAAUUCCUUCCCAUGGGUUUCACCUUCUCCUACCCCAUGAGCCAACGUUCCAUCGUUGACACCACCCUUAUUCGCUGGACCAAGGGCUUCAACAUCCCUGAAGCCAUCGGCCUCGACUUUGGUUCCACUUUGACCCAAGGUAUGAAGGACCGCAAGCUUCCUGUUGUCAUCGAAGCCGUUAUCAACGAUACUGUCGGUACCCUCGUUACCCGUGCUUAUACUUCCAAUGCCUACAACACCAUCAUGGGUGUUAUUUUCGGUACUGGUUCCAACGGUGCCUACAUCGAAAACUCCUCCGACAUCCCUAAGCUCAACGACGCCGGCAACAAAGAAAAGAUGCUCAUCAACAUCGAAUGGGGAGCCAGUAGCUUCAAGAGCCUUCCCGCUACCCGUUACGACUUGCUCCUCGAUCACGAUACUCCUAACCCUGGCCGUCAAAUGUUUGAGAAGCGUGUCUCUGGUAUGUAUUUGGGUGAGCUCUUCCGUCGUGCCUUGUUCCAUUUGAUCAAGGUUUACAACUUUAACAACGGUAUCAUCCCUCCCUCCGUCACCGACUCUUGGUCCCUUGAGACCUCCGUGCUUUCUCGCAUCGUCGUCAACCGUUCCGCCGAAAACAUCAAGGAAGUCCUUCGUCCCUACGGCAUCCGCUUCCGCGACGACAGCGAAGCUUUGCUUAUCUAUGAUGUUGCUUACUGUAUUGGCCGUCGCUCUGCCCGUAUCUCUUCCGUUCCCAUUGCUUCCCUUUACCUUACUACUGGCCAUGCCGGUAAGAAGGCCGAUAUCGGUGUUGACGGCUCCUUGGUCGAGCACUACCCCAACUUCGUCGGCAUGCUCCGUGAUGCUUUGAAGGAUGUGCUUGGUGAAGAUGAGAAGAACAUUAGCAUUGGCAUUGCUAAGGACGGUAGUGGUAUUGGUGCUGCUCUUUGUGCUUUACAAGCUGUUAAGGAAAAGUAA